CGACAGACCCGCCAUUGGUCAACAUCUUAAUUAUUCAGCAAGUUCUUCCUUGAUUGGCUGAUCAUCUGCACGUUACACAAGCUGUUUCGUAAAUUCUAUACUGAGAAGUUGUGUAAGGUGGAGGAUAUUUGUCGGAUGCAGUAAAAAUCCUCAUCCACAACGACAGUGCAGCGAAAUCAGACCCUUUGCAUCUGCAUGCUGUGGUCACGGUUGUGAGGUUGCCGAUAAUGGUGAUGUGGGCUCCAAGUCGACUGCUCCUCCUGUUUGGUUUCUGGCUCCGGGCUCAUGCCCAGAGCUCAGAGCCAAUGUUCAGGGUUGUAACGCAGACACUGCUUCCUGCAGACAGUCUGCACAACCCGACACAGCUCAACUAUGGAAUGGCUGUGACAGACGUGGAUGGUGACGGCGACCUUGAAGUGGUUGUGGCAGGGUACGAUGGGCCCAACCUGGUGCUAAAGUAUAAUCACACUCAGAAGAGGCUGGUAAACAUUGCUAUCGAUGACAGUAACUCUCCAUACUACGCCCUGAGGGACCGAGCAGGCAACGCUAUCGGAGUUACAGCUUGUGAUGUGGAUGGAGACGGACGUGAGGAGAUCUACUUCCUCAACACAAACAACGCCUACUCAGGACGCGCCACUUAUUCAGACAAGCUCUUUAAGUUUCGGAAUGGACGUUUUGAGGAUCUUCUGAGCGAUGAGCUCAAUGUUCACCGUGGGGUUGCCAAUCACAUGGCAGGGCGUUCUGUGGCCUGUGUUGACAGAAAGGGAACAGGUCGUUACUCCGUGUACGUGGCCAAUUAUGCCAGCGGCAACAUCGGCCCCCACGCUCUCUUAGAAAUGGACCAGGCUGCCAGCAAUGUGAGCCGGGGCAUCGUCGCUCUGUCAGACGUGGCUGCGGAGGCGGGAGUCAACAAGCUCACAGGUGGUCGUGGCGUGGUGGUUGGUCCAAUCCUAAGCACGGCCAGGUCUGACAUCUUCUGUGACAAUGAGAAUGGACCCAAUUUCUUGUUCAAGAACAAUGGAAAUGGGACCUUUGUGGACAUGGCCAGACGAGCAGGCGUGGAGGACAGAUGGCAGCAUGGCAGAGGAGUAGCCCUCGCUGACUUCAAUGGUGAUGGAAAGACGGACAUCGUCUAUGGCAACUGGAACGGCCCACACAGGCUUUUCCUGCAGGACAGUGACUCUAAAUUCCGGAACAUUGCAACUCAGGGAUUUGCCACCUUCUCCCCCGUUCGCACAGUCAUCGCCGCUGACUUUGAUAAUGACAGGGAGUUGGAGGUGUUUUUUAACAACAUUGCCUACAGAGGAAAUGCCCCAAACAGACUGUUCAGGGUGUCAAGGAGAACUGCUGCAGACCCGUCAAUUCAGGAGCUUAAUGUGGGAGAUGCUGCAGAGCCACAGGGGAGAGGAACAGGUGGCACUGUGACCGACUUUGAUGGGGAUGGACAGCUGGACCUGCUGCUGGCACAUGGAGAGAGCUCCAAGCAGCCAAUCUCCGUCUUCAAGGUCACACAGGGCUCGAUCAAUAACUGGCUGCGGGUCAUACCUCGCACCCAGUUUGGCUCUUUUGCCCGCGGUGCCAAGGUGACAGUCUUCACCAAUCAGAGUGGAGCUCUGACACGCAUCAUUGACGGAGGCUCUGGGUACUUGUGUGAGAUGGAGCCCGUCGCCCACUUUGGUUUAGGAAACGAUGAGGUGAAGGUGCUGGAGGUCUCCUGGCCAGAUGGCAGCUCCAUGACUCGGACUGUGGAGCCUGGUGAAAUGAACACUGUUGUGGAAGUAGCCUAUCCCAGCGAAGGAGAAUCGAAUGCACUGGCCAAUGACACACAGGUACGCACUUUGGAGCCACAUCAUGAAUUAUGAAUACAGUGUGGUCAAGGAUUUACAGUAAAGAAUGGCCACUGUGCAGGUCUGUGAGGAAAAUAACAUGAAAUGCAACAUAAUCUGCUUUGAGAAAGUGAACAACGUUACAGGGAGCAUGAUUAAAAAUUAUGUUUUGCUUUGCUCAGGCUCAAAAAAAAACUCUUCACUGUUUUUAAUGUUUGUGUUGCUCAUAAUUUCAUAAUAACCCAAAUGUACUAAAAAAAACAAUAAACAGUUUGGAUUAGUCGGCUUAUUAUUUCAUAGAUCUUUUUCCUCUUUGGCCUUUUGUUGUCAUCUUUCCAUGUGACUGCAUCCAUGUAUAGUUUUACUCAUUUCGCCCGUGUUGUCCUAACCUUGUGUCUGCCCUUUCUUCUCCUCCUCCAUUUUUCUUCUUCUGCCCCUUCUUUCAUGCAGCCAUGGCUCUAUUUUACAAUGCAGCCCGCUCCACUUCUGCCUCCAUGUUUGAAGCCUCCUGUGCCACAGCAGUUUUACUGCACUGGGUCUUGGUACUCUCUGUACUGGGAAUUGUCAGGGGUCAAUAGUCCAACAACAACAGCAACAUCUUUUUAUCCAGCACAACACUGUGAGAGAAAACCCUAAUCUUCACCCAUCUUUAGGUUUAAUUACUCACAUCUUCUUAUAACCAGACCUGGUGUUCAGUAUUAACAGUCAUGAACACAAACUAGGCGCCUUUCAAGGACCUGAUGCAAGGCUUAUGUAUAGUAUUUGCAUCAGACCUGGCAAGCUGCUUACCAGAAUCUGCGAUGAUGCCUCACUGUUAAGAUGUCAGGCAUUGUCUCCGUCAGUAAUCCUCGGGUCUGAGCUGCCUUCAAUAAAAUCAGUCUUCUGCCGCUUUAUUCUCCACAUGAGGGUCGUGGAGGUGGUGCUAUGCCAAUCUCUGCUGACAUUGUGCGAAAGGCUCUUCAAAUAAAUCUUUCAACUUAUCUCAUCACUGACUCCAUAGAUUUCAUCACCUGAUAAUAAAAAAUCUUUGUAACACA